CACCUACGUAAUUGGGAAGUAAAGUCUACUCCACAACCAGGAAACUCGUAAAAAACAAAUUGAUUUUUUGGUUCUGCUGAACAGCUCUACUCCAGACCACCAUCUCCUUCCCAUCUGAAUGAGGCCUGUCCCACUCCACUUUGAUCUUGCUGCUCACUAAGCACGACUAUGGAUUUCAAAUCCCGCCACAGGGAUAUGUUUACCACUCAGUAAGCAGAAACGUCUUCCAAGGAUGCGGACGCACCGCCGUGUACAUAAACCUGGCACAUCCUCGGAUGUCGACAUCUGAAGUUCGCACAAGAUGUCCCCCAUUCGCACUGUACUCAUCGGAUUAUCUGCCAACGCGGCCACAUCCUGGGCAUCCUCUGCACACAUCCCAUACCUCCUUUCCGCCCACGGACGAUCCCGCUACACCAUCAUCGGACUGCUCAACUCGUCCAAAGAAUCCACCCUCGCCGCGAUCAAGAACUUCAAUCUGCCCGCUGAGACACGUGCCUACGCUUCGCCCGAGGAAGUCGCCGCCGACCCGGUCAUUCAGCUCGUCGUCUGCUGCACGCGCGUGGACAAGCAUUUUGAGACCGUGUUCCCGUCUGUCAAGGCUGGAAAGGACGUGUUCGUUGAGUGGCCGUUGGCAGAGAAUGCGGGACUUGCGAGAGAACUGGCCGAUGCGGCAAAACACGCUGGAGGGCGGACAAUGAUUGGGCUGCAAGGUCGCGUCGGUCCACUGACGCGCGAGCUGAAGCGGGUGAUUGAGGACGGUCGGAUUGGAAAGAUCCUCGGCUCCGCCGUGCGCCUGUCAGGCCCACUGCCUGAGCGCGAUGUCUUGCCCAGCUCGCUCGAGUAUUUCCUGCACAGGUCGAUCGGCGGGAAUAUGCUCACUAUUACUGCUGCCGGGCAUGGAUUCGACCUGUUCCAAACCGUUCUUGGAGAAGCCGUCGAUGUCACCUCCCACCUCCAGCUCCAGCGGCCAGUGAACCGCCUACGCGAUGUAUCGACCGGCGCGAUCACUGGUACCUCGAAAUCAGACGUCCCGGAUCUGAUGAUACUCACAGCCCGUCUGACCGAAUCGCCGUCCGUCGUCCACGAUGCGUCUUUCUUGUUCCAUUUCCGCCGCGACACUCAGUUCCCAGGAGAGCCCAACCUCGUCUGGACGAUCACGGGUGAGCGGGGCGAGAUCCGGGUGACGAACGAGGCGACGUCGUGGCUGCACAUGGGUCCCGCGGGCAUCACGGUCGAUUUGCACGACUUUGAGACGGGCAGGGUCGAGCGGGUUGGUUGGAACGCGGAGAGUUGGCCUGAGGAUCCGGAUACGCCUGGCGCAGCGAAGAACAUCGGGUUGUUGUAUGAACGGUUUGCGACGGGAGGCGAGUAUCCGACGUGGGAGGACGCUGUGAGGAGGCACGAGCAGAUUGACGGACUGCUGGCUGGAUGGGUCGCCGAAGCUUGAGAUCAAAUGCAAUGUAUACGAGGGUCAAAGUAGAACUGAAGAUCUUUGCGAAAGGUUUCCGAAAUCUCGCCUCAUCGUCAAUGAAAACAUUCAAGGGGUGAAAAUUACGACUGUAAGUGUUGGUUUCAGCUCGCAAGAUCAGCCUUAUCAUAUGGAGGUGUAGACUGGAGAUCGACAAAAUUAAGGUAGGAAAAUACCGACUUGAUAUAGCGGCCUUCAGCUCCUGCCUCGCUAACUUCGACCUCGAUGACCAUUUUUGUCGUUCUACCUGAUUACCUUCGAAACACGUUCUUAGUAAGUUAUGUUUCGCUAUAUUUCCAGCAAAGCCUUUUCUUUCAGGAUUACAAUACACGGGACGGAGACUCUAUAUAGUUUCAACUAAUGAAAGACGGAAUUUUUUAGAUGUCCCAGGACUUGAGCUGACUUUGUGUGGACAAUCCUUUGCGCGCCAAAUUACUGGGCAGCCUGGAAGCUCUCCCUUGUGAUAUGAAGGACCGGGACCCUUU